AUGUUCAUCGACAACUUACACUAUUUUAGUUAUGCUCCUUGGUGCCCUUCGUGCCAAUUAGUAGCUCCUGAGUGGAAGCGUUUUGCAGAGAUCGCUCCGAAACAUGAGGUGAAGGUAGCUGAAGUCGACUGUUCCUCCGAACCAGCAGUAGCAAUGAUUUUCACCAUAACAUCUCUUCCAACGAUAUUUCAUGUUAAGGAUGGGGUUUUUCGAAAUGCCAAGGGCAAACGGAAAGUUGAAGAGCUGGUGAGCUUUAUACAGAACCGCGAGUUUGAGCUUAUCGAACCGACCUCAUGGUCCCUCCCUCCAAAUGCGUUCUACAUGCCUGCCGUUGUUCGAUUCCUUGAUCUCGGUCUUUCAGUUACGAAGGUGAACAAAGCUUUGGUUAACCAUGGUGUACCUGCCUCACUGUCUAUCCUCAUUGUGGGCACCGGUGUUCUUGCCUCAGGGGCAGCUUUGGGCAUGCUGAUCCUCUGUGUUUGUGAGUACUUUUGUCCUCCUCGGCCGCAAAUACUCAACGUUGUGGGCAUGGAAGGAGAACCACCGGAGCCUAUCGUGACAAAGGAAAAUGACAUGGAACGGGACAGCGUCCUUGAAGACAGCGAAGAUGGCAGCUGGGCCGAGAUUAAGCCACCGGACGCCAAAGAGGGAGACGAAGAUCAAGAUCCCCCAAGUCUUCAUAGACGUCGCAAAGUUCAAAAGUAG